AAAAUAUGUAGAAUGAAAACGUAAUGUCUAUUACAUUUUUCAUAUAAUAUUUAAUUAAUAAGUUAAAAUUGUAAAUAAAUAACCUUAGCAAAUAUAUAUCACAAUAUGAUUAAAUUUAUUGAGUAGAAGUUUGCACAAAUUAAUUAGUACACAAAUUUAUUAUAUAUAAUAAAAUAAAGAAGACAAAAUUAUAAAAAAUUACUAUAAACAAAUAUAAAAUCUAUUAAAAUAUAGAUUAGACAAAUAUUUAUUAAUUUAAAUGAAAUUUUAAAAAGAAAUGAUUCCGCGCUUUGAAAGCGCGGAUCAAAAUCUAGUACUAUAAUAUAGUAGAUCACUGACCGAAUGUAAGAACACCAUAUAUAUUUUCCGAAGGGAAUAUUUUAAAUCCCGUGGCUUUGUGCGCGCCUAGAUAUUAAAUUUGUUAUCAUCUACAUGUGUAACGUGUGGAGAUGUGAAAACGGAUAUAAUUUUCUUUUUGUGGGAUGAACUUCAAUUGGUAUACGAAUACUGAAACCUGGUCGAAAUCAGUUUAUGUCCCCAUCAAAUCAUAGAAGUACUAUUUUCAAUGAUUUUGAUCGGCCUUAUAUUAACAGACUUUAACAAAAAAAUUACCAGUCAGAUCAUGAUGUUUUGCUUGCGUGAUUCAGUUUGGAUUGCCGGAAACAUGGUUUAACUUGGGCUUGAUGUCAUUUUUAAUAUGGUGGACCUGAGUUUCUAUAUAGCGAUAAUUCGUUGGCUGUGUCCGUCACUCUUCGGGUUUAUUUCUUUGUACUGUCUAUAUAUCUACUAAAGGAAAUUCUAGAAGGUAGAAUAUAAAAAUGUUUUCGCAUAAAACAAGACGUGGAGGACACCGGGCAAUAGGGUUAAGACCCACCAAAACAAAAAGGAGAAUUUAUAGGGAGGCUAAAGACAGCGACAAGUAGACAAGGUUCGUAGGGUUCACAGGUAACACUGCAGAUAAAAAAGGUUUACGUUAGUAUUAAAAUAUAAUGCCAUACUUAUAUGAUUGCAUGCAUGAUUAAGCUAAAACGUUGUAAAAGCUCUAAAGUCGAUAUUAAACGAGACCGACUCGUUAAUCCCAAUUCCUCAACUUUCCUCUUUUGUGUCUCUAGCAAACAAAAGAAGAACGUCAUAUCCACACACACAAACAAAAAACGUCAUAUCCACACACAAAUAAAUAGAGAUUUAAUGGGAACACUUUCAAAUUACAACAGUAGGUUCAAUGUUACUGGCAUUGAUUCAUUGUCGCCGCUUUUUAUCUGGUCUUCAGUUGCCUAUAUUGCGCUCCCAAUUCGUAAGUGGCAAACAAAGAAAAGGACAGUUAUACUUAUAAUAACUACAACUAUAUGGAUUGAUUAUGAUCAAUGGAUACUGAACUUAGAUUAACAAUAAUUACGGCUCUAUCAAAACAAUGUAGAUAUAGGGGAGGAUGACUCACAAUUCUACCACGUACAAUUUACUAAAGUUAAUAUCAAGGUACUAAUAAAAAAAGUUUUCUUUUACUUGGAGUGCCUGAUGCUGCAGUCUGAGCUGGUUAAUUUCGGCUCUAACUAAUUCCAAUACAAAAUAAAUAAAUUAACAUGUAUAUAUAGUAUAUAUAUUAUAUAUACAUAAAACAUAAAUCUUUUUUUUUAUGAUAGGGCUCUAAUUAAACUCCUUGAAGACAAUCUACAAACGAGAAAGAAGCCAGAACUUCUUGAAAUAUUUUUUUUUGAAUCACCACUACAAGAAAUCAGUCAUAUAUAUAGCUAUUAAAUUUUUCAUAGCUUAGAAGAAAAUUUGUAGCUACAAUGCAGCAGAAGAUGGAUGGCUUGAAUGAACUGAAAAUCCAAGCAUGUCCUGAAUAUUACUAAUCAUUAUUGAUUUGUUUAUUUGUGUGUUUCUGUACUUUGUAUUGGCUUGAAUGAACUCAAUGCAAGACAAGUUGAUGGGAGAGUGGACUUUUUCUAAUUAGAUACUGUACAUUUUGUUUGUGUCACCAUACAAAACGGCUGGAUUUGCAUCUCAACCACUAAUUAAUCAUUUCCUUAAAGCCUAAAGACUACAACAGUUGAGGAACAAAGAAAAAUGAUGAGUUUGGCAAAACAUAUCUAUAUUUAUUAACUUCGGAAACCAGUAAAGUAAUUAAAUGGCACUUUAGGCCAUUUUAUAGUGUAAAUUAGCAUGAAAUGUAGACCACGACAGUGCGACACAGACCCCCAGAAAAUAAGAUAACUAAUUUUUAUAUUAAAAGUGGUCACUUAUAGGAUUCAAGAAAAAUCAAGGUACCCAUAUUUGACCAUAACUUAAUAUCAUACAUAAACACUAGCUUAGGAGGAUUUAUAAACGGUGGCACGAAAGUUAUUAAUCUGUAUUACAUAUAUGUUAUACUAAUCUGUUACAUCUGGAAUUGUUUUAAAUCUAUGUACACCAAUAAAAUGGUAGCACUCAUUGGACCGGUAGGUGUGUCUUUAGGACAUGAAAAUUACUUUUUAUGUUAAACAUGUAUUCCUAAGAAAAACCGAGAUUUUAAAGCUAUAUAAAUAUGUAUUUAAAUAAUUGUAAAUUUAUUUAUUCACAUAAUAAUAUACAAAUUCUAAACAUAUGUAUUUGCUUCAAUAUGUUUUUUAAUUGAUUUGCGUUUGUUCACAACGUGCAUAAUCUAAAUUAAAGCGACUAAUAUAAUAUUAUUAAGUUUAUAUUUCGGAUUGUCUACGGUUGAGUACCCAUGCAUAUACAGACGUCGACUAUAAGUAACUAUCCAUACAAAAAGAUGCAUUCUAGAGUUUCACAACUAUUCUGCGAAAAUAUGUUUAAAUAAUAGUGUUAUUGAAGCUGUACCUUACUGCCUUUCAACUAUUCAUGAGAUUAAUCAUUCAAUUUGAAGUUAAAAAAAAAAGAUAAAGUUGCAAAGUGAUUGAUGUUUAUCUCAAAAACUAGUUUGUCAUACGUCAAAAACUUUUAGUGGUGGGGCUUAUAAAAACCAACGCGUUUUGUCCAAAGCUAACAAAAUAGCAAGAGUAAAACAGAGCAAAAAAAAUGGCAGCUCAUGGAUCAUCUUGUGGAGCAUGCAAGUUCCUAAGGAGGAAAUGCAACAUCGAUUGCGUCUUCUCGCCUUACUUCAGCUACGAGCAGGCCUCAUCUCAUUUUUCAGCGGUCCACAAAGUCUUUGGCGCAAGUAAUGUCUCAAAGCAUUUGCUUAGUUUGCCUCUACAUCAAAGAAGCGCAGCUGCGAUUACCAUCUCCUACGAGGCUCUCUCUCGCAUGUGUGAUCCUGUUUAUGGCUGCGUCGCCCACAUCUUCGCUCUUCAGCAACAGGUCAUGACUUUGCAAGAGGAGAUCGAGUUUCUUGGGACGCAUAUGGCGAACUUAUCCAACACUACUCAGAGCAGGUCACAACCUAAUGACAUGCCCGAGUUUCUGAAUCAGAUGACAAUGGACACUACGACCGGUUUCAUCGACCAGACAGUUUUGAACAACGACGUUGGAAUAAACUGCAUUGAAGGGUUCUUCACAAACCCGGAGGAAGUGCUCGUGAAUCAUCCAUGGUUUCAGAACAUGGAUCAUUACUACUACGCACCACAACAUUAGACGUGAACUAAAAAUGAUCGAUCAUAUAUAAAAGAAUGCGCCGUUUUUACAUAUGCCAUGGUUUUUUGCCAUGAGCCAUUAUAUUUAGGUCACGUUUUCUAAAUUGUAUGCAAUCUGUUAAGGGUUAAUUAGAUCUUGGAAUCCAAUUACAAUUGGAUUAUAAAAAAAAAUGCAUUUCGGUGAUGUCUCUCCCUAAGUCAAUAGUAUGACGUUAGUGUUUCAUUUGGGUCUAUGUAAAAUGUUUGUUUAGCAUGCAUUCCUGAGUCAAGUUCUAAUUAAUGUGAUAUAUCAAUUAUAAUUAUUGAUUUUUUUCCCACUGCUUCUCGUGUUGUAUCUGUGAUUGGAGUUCAAUCUCUAUAUAGAUUCAUUGUAUGAUAUUCAUGAUAUGGCAUUGUUGCUUAUGCUAUUCCUAAGUUUAACAUCUUGGAGGAGCAGAUGAUUAAAUGCUGAAUAUUCUAUUGGUUACCUGGGCUUGAAAUAUCUAUCUUGGCCCAUAAAUAACACCAAUGUAUAAUAUUUAAUGACUCAUCUAAAGUCUAACCUUCGGCCCAAACGCCUCUAUAUAUAUUAUUUCAUAUAUUUUCCCCAACAAACUUCUCCGUAUGUAUAUUGUUUUUCAUUGGCUAUAUAAUAUUAUAUCCUCGCAUAGAGAACACUUCCAUUUGUGAAAGCUCCCCUUCGUCUAGUCGUUUGAUAAAAAGUUCAUUAAUGCUUUUACACUACAAAAUCUGAAUUUUAAUUCUUGGAAAAGGCAGAAUUAUGCGAAUUAAAGGAAAAAAUAUUUACAAGAAAUUUACAACAUGACACAAAAAGUACUGUCAAGCGUGAAUCCGAUAAGACGGCUCAGGUGAUUCAGUCAAACGUGAAUUUUCAUACGGCAGGUAAAAUUGUCGAAUGUAGAAUCGUCUGUAAUAUUUCUUAUAAUUAUAAUAGUAUAAAAUCCAGCGUUAAAAAAAAAAAAAAAAGAAAAGAGAAGAUUUCCAUUUAGCACAUGUUUGCCCUGUAUAUAAUAAUAUGAUAUCUAGUUAAAAAAAGGUAAUAAUAAUACA